ACUAAUUUCAUUUUGCUACUCAGGUACCAUCUCUACCGCCACCCCCCAAUAAACCAAAAAUACUACCAGCAAUGAAGUGAGAGAGAGUUGUAUUGUUCCUUCGUAACACAUUCCGAGGUCGCCUUCUCUGAUUCUCUCUCAGGUCUCUGGUUCCCGCUUAUUCUCUGCGGUCGCCAUGGAUCGUUGUAUCCAUGGCGUCACCAGGUUCUGCAUCCAUCUUCUCUUUCUUUUUUCCGGCUUCCCCUUUCUCGCAUUCUCGGAUUCUCAGAAUCCAAGAUUGUCGGUCGCUCCUUCCUCGGGUCAAAUAAACUCCAACUCAGUUCUGGUGGCUCUUCUGGACUCACAUUACACGGAACUUGCCGAGCUGGUGGAGAAAGCUAUGCUUUUGCAGACUCUCGAAGACACUGUCGGUACCCACAACAUCACCAUCUUCGCGCCCAGAAACGAAGCCCUCGAGCGCGAUCUCGACCCGGAGUUCAAGCGCUUCCUUCUCGAACCCGGUAAUCUCAAGUCUCUUCAAUCCUUGCUCAUGUUUCAUAUCAUCCCCACUCGAAUCGGAUCGCAGGCGUUGCCCUCUCAAACCGGGUCAACCCGUCACGAGACGCUCUUUAAGUCCGAGUUCAUUCACCUUGUGAAUAAUGGGACCGGGGAAUGGACGGUGGAUCGCGCCAAGAUAAUGCAUCCCGACGUAGUCUCCCGACCUGACGGAGUGAUCCACGGGAUUGAGCACCUGCUGGUCCCUCGCUCCGUCCAAGACGACUUCAACCGUCGGCGGAGUCUUCAGUCCAUUACGGCGGUGAAGCCCGAGGGAGCACCGGAGGUUGACCCGAGGACACAUCGCCUCAAGAAGCCAGCUCCGCCGGUGAAACCAGGUUCGCCGCCGGUUUUGCCCAUCUACGACGCCAUGGCACCGGGCCCCUCUCUGGCGCCUGCCCCAGCUCCCGGGCCCGGUGGACCUCACCACCAUUUCAACGGUGAAGCCCAGGUCAAGGAUUUCAUUCAGACAUUGCUUCAUUACGGUGGGUACAAUGAAAUGGCCGACAUUCUGGUGAAUCUGACAUCCUUAGCGACCGAAAUGGGUCGGUUAGUUUCUGAGGGUUAUGUCCUAACCGUCUUGGCUCCAAAUGACGAAGCCAUGGCAAAACUAACCGCUGACCAGCUGAGCGAACCGGGUGCUCCAGAGCAGAUAAUGUACUACCAUCUAAUACCCGAAUAUCAAACCGAAGAGAGUAUGUACAAUACAGUUCGACGGUUCGGUAAGGUCCGUUAUGAUACUCUCCGGCUACCGCACAAGGUGGUAGCUCAGGAAGCAGACGGGUCGGUCAAAUUCGGGCAGGGAGACGGGUCGGCUUAUUUGUUCGACCCCGAUAUAUAUACGGAUGGUCGUAUCUCGGUUCAGGGUAUCGACGGGGUUUUGUUCCCACCGGAGGAGGAGGAAAAACCGGUGACUCGGACGGUUCAACCCGCCAAAGUCGUGGUCAGGCAUAUAAGAGGAAAAUUGCUGGAAGCUGCAUGUUGGAUGCUCGGAACCUUUGCACAGGAUUCUAGAUUCACCACUUGCCAUUGAUGAAGCCUUCUCUUGCCCUUUGGCUGGCAACAUACGUAUUCACAAUCAUAAUGGUGGAAGUCCCAAAGAUGUAAAAUGCGGAAUAUGGAGGUAGCUUUGCUUGAAUAAAGAUUAGAAGCCGUGGUUUUGCCCUCAUUUUGUGCUGUAACUUUUUGUUUGUGGAAUGGUUGUAGGCUAAAGAACAAAAGUUUCUGUAGCCUUGUCAUGCAUUGCAAUAAAUAGUGCGUAUAUUGUGUGUAGAUUUAUGUGACAAUUUCAUUCAUAGGGUGGUUGGGUUGGUGGGAUCCAGAGGAUUUUGUGUAACAAAAAGCAAGGAUCUCUCUGCCCGAUAGGUGUCCAUUCAAUAAGUGUUUUCACCUUAGAGAGUGGCAAAUACAAUAAAAAAUCAAUUCUUUUGUGUAGUAAUGAAA